AUGGCUACGAGAAACGCGUAUCUCAUCACCGUCUCGAGUCUCGUAUUCCUCUCCAAGCUCAUCGCCAAGCACAUCGGCGCCGUCCCUCCUGCCAUUUACCGCUUGUUUCAAUCUGUCAUCGAUGCCAGGACUGCCAGCUACGCCAUGUUUCAGAAGUUGGCGGCUCAAAACCCCAACCCGGAGAUGGAAAGAAGCAACGCCUCUCACAAAGCUUUCAUCGACGCACUGGUCGAGGCCUUUGAAGCUCUAGGCGGAAAGGAAUGGAAGAUGACUGACGGACCGGCGGAUGACGGGUCCGAUCUCAAGCGCGAAGACCUCGACCAACUGCUUCUCACCAACAGAUUCAGCGCCCUCGACUUGGAGGGCCAGACAGCGGCUGGUGGACACGGUGACGAUGCGAGCGAUGAAGAAUCCGAUAAAACAGAGUCUCAAGCUGCCUCCGCCCCGAAGAGGCGCCGUCAACCAAAGCCGGGGAAGGGAAAGAAGGGCAAGCGGGGCAAGAAGGCGAAAAAGCAGCAGGCGCCGGCCUUGGACGAUGUCCCCCUGGAAAGCUACCGCAUCAUCCAAGGCAAGGACGGGAUCAGCGCCGACUACCUGAUCGCCGUCGAUGCGCUCGUGCGCGAGUGGACCGAGCUCCGGUCCUACCUGCAGGGCGUUUGGCGCGAGGUCGCCUACGACGGCCUCAACAGCGCGGUUGCCGGGGCCGUCUCCACCCUCGCGGUCGCCAUGAUCCAGCGGUCGGCGGCGGCCAUGUUCGUCGACUUCCCCGGCCACGACUCCUUCGAGGCCGUCGUGAACGCCAUCACCCGCGGCGACCUGGAGAAAGCGAAGGGCGACUCCGCCCUGAGCCCAGGUCCCCGGGAAGGCGACGACGGCCUCGAGGACGCCAAGGCUGGGGAAGCCGAGGUGGACGUCAAGGAGCACUUCCUCCUUCACGCCUACCAGGAUCUCGUCGACUUCCUCGCCGAUUUCCAGAAGAACCGCAACGGAAAACCGACCAAGCGGAUGCUCGACGAGAUCGGCGACUGGAACCCCGAGCUCAAUCUCCGGGAGGCCAGGAAGGAAGAGAGACUGCGCUGGCGUCGAGCGUACACGAUCAGCUGGCUCUACGACCUGGUCAAUGUCCAUUCCAGCAUGGUCGCCCAGCGUAACAACACCUCCACGCGGGAGGGCGAGAAAGAGGCGCGGGAGGACAUGGAGUGCUACGGCCAGCCGGACCCGCACCCGAGGAUCUUCGGGCUGAACCAGUUCGCCAGCGCCAUCAGCUCGCUCGCCAGGCGGAAGAACAGCACGGACGUUCGAGACCGGAUCCUCCCGCACCACGUCUUCCAGCUGCAGUGCAUCUCGCCGAGCGCCGACCAAGGUCCCGUUCUCGCGCCGCCGGCCCCCAAUUUCCGCCCUCGACGCGACGUCGACAUCUUUCUCGAUCCGAAAUACGAGCGGUUUGGAAGAGGAUUCUUGCGCGCCGUGAACGCCCUCUGGAAGUCAUUCGAAAGGGACGCCGCAGAGCUCGGAGACAAGGAACGCAAUAAGCAUAAACACUUGCUCUGGUGGAUUGAGCACGACAUUGGCGUCGGGCUCGGGGAGUUGAAAUACCUGCGUCUCUGGCUCAGCAUCCCGCCGUCCCGCCUUUCCGACACCAGACCCAACGGCCUCUGGGAGUACUCGCCGUUCCUGUGCGGCGUAGGGCUCAUGGAAGCCCUCGAGCUCGCCUACCGCGUCAGCAUGGUCAUCUGGGACCGGAUCCCGGAGCAGAUGUCGCUCGUGCACCUGCACAACAUGCUCGUGCAGACGGGCCGGCUGAAGAAGCCGGUCGAAAUCUUCGCCUCCAUCUCGACGCUCUUCCAGUCCGCCUUCUUCCUCGACGGCAAGAUCCCCACCACCGGCUUCGGCAAGGCGCUGACCACGCUCUACGACAAGACGGGCCGAUACCGGGCGACCCUGGCCCGGGCCAACCGCCGGGCGGACGCCAGGAGCGGCGGCGUCCACAGCACGCUCAGCCCCGACACCAACCGGUUCAUCCAGCGCAAGUCGAACCUGCUCCUGUACCGCCAGGCCGACUGGAACGUGGACCGCAUCCCCGACGCCGACGUGCCCGUCCGCUCCAUGCUGGGCAGGGUCCGCCUCAGCCAGACCAAGCAGACCGUCGACCCGGCCACCGGCGCCGUGCGGCUCGAGGAGACCGACCUCGUCAGGCGCGCGCGCGCCCAGGGCGUGAGCGACCAGGAGCUGCUGCGCAUGGCGGCGUCGAUUGGCCAGAUCCUUCAGCAGCUGCCCGGUGGCGCUGGCCGCGGCGCCCAUCUUUCGUCCGAUCACCUCGCGAACAAGCGCACCACGAAGGAGGCUGGCACGGCGGGGCGCGGCGGCGGCGGCGAGCUCUCCGGCCGGGACCUGCUGGCGCUGCUGCGGGAGGACAUCUUCCGCGACGUGUGCGGCGGCGGCGGCGGCGGCGAGGGCGAGGGCGAGGGCGAGGGCGAGGGCGCCGACGACGGCGUUCCGCCGCUGUCGAGCAUCAACUACCUCUGGGUCACCGUGGAGGGCCUGUUGAUGUUCAUCAUGAUGGAGGAGGAGCUGGCGUCGCGGCAGAACAAGGUGUACCUGCGCUCGUACGAGGAGUCCGGCGAGCGGCUGGCCGGGAAGCGCCAGUGGCUGACCCUGGAGGCCCUCCACGACAUGGAGGACGAGUGCCUGAGCGUGAUGGCGGCCGUGUUUGAGGACGUCAGCGGCGAGUUCGGGCACCGUAGUUACUGGGCUGAUGUGGAGCCGGGCAAGUGUGGGGAGUGCUGUGGCUGUCACCACAGUUAA